AUGACGUUUUGCGGUCGACCAAGCCGAAACUGCCAGCGUUGUCGGCAGAGACGAAUUAGGUGCGAUCGCGCGAGGCCAGCUUGCUCGCAAUGUAAAAGGGCCAAAGAGGAAUGUGCCGGGUACCGCGAGGAGACUUCACUUCAAUUUCGAAAUGAGAAUGAAAGAAUCAUUCGACUGUCAAAAGCUGCGCAUGAACGGUCGGCAGCAAAGUACCAGGCAGCAGUCCGACAGUCACAAGGCCCCAAGGCCCCGUCCAGAGACAACAAGGUUUCCGGGUUUGAUGAUGAGGUGGUGUUAAGCCGAUCUAUGCCUCUGACAUCUCUGGACAUGGAUGUUCCCGGGCUGCGGUUUUUUGUCCGUCACUUCUCUAGCAAGACUUGGGCCGACGAAGCCUUUGCUCCUGGUCAGCAGUAUGACGUGUUUCGAGACCUUGAAAUCGAAUCCCCGUUUCGAAAUGCCGUUGUCUCCGUUGGCUUGGCGGCCCUGUCGAAUGUCAAUCGAGACUAUGCCCUGUUGAAUGUCGCCCGACAGCGCUACGGGGUGGCAUUAAGGACGGUUCGAAGCUUCAUCGAAGACCCACGUUAUGGCAACAUGCUGGUUUUACUGAAAAUGAUUGUUAUGCUGGCCAUUUUUGAGAUGGUGGACGCGAAGCCAGGAACAUUCAAUUCCUGGACGACACACUUAAUGGGGGUUGCUGCGCUUUUGAAGCAAUCACCCCACAUCCCAGCACAGCAGUUCGACACCCAUGCAGAGAUAUGGUUUUAUCUCUCUGUGAUUGCGAACUACUUCCAGUCUGGAGGACCUUUUCCGGUCGAGUUAGAGGGCUGGGCAACUCAGCGGACGGUGUUGCCCACGGGUGCAACUCGACCAGUUUUCGAACUGAUUGACAUCCUUGUCAGGUUCGUUGGGUUAUGCGCACGUCUUCAAUGUCACGAACACACCACUGCAGAAGAUGUUAUUCGUGAAGCAGUUGGCUUGGAUAUGGAGCUCGAGGCCUGGGUUACUCGUCUUCCAACAGAGUGGACUUUCACUACCAAGUAUAGCGCAGACAUGGUUGGAACAUUCUACGGGCGGUAUCAUGUCUACCAAAGUGCCUGGUCUCCUCGGGUAUGGAAUCACUACCAGUUAGGUCGCUUGCUGGUUAAUGAAGUCAUCGCCUUCUAUAUCUCAAGACUAAGGGAGCCCACGGUGGACUGGGUUGUGCAGAAGGAGCUUGCGCUGGCCAUGAUAAACCAGACAGCGGUCGAUAUUUGCGCCGGGAUAGCGACCCAGGGUCUCUUUUCCAAUCAUGAUACAUUGCCUUCUGACUGCUCGCCGCGCCCUUUGCUCAAAGGAAUUUUUAUGACAAUCUACCCGCUGACGGCAGCGGGGUGCGCAACCGGUGUGUCAGAGCAGCUCCGCAACUGGGUGAAUGAGACCCUCCAGAUGCUGGCAGAUCGCACAGGAAUACGACAGGCGCUGGAGGCAAACCGGCAGAUCCAAGAGGCUGCUGCGAAUAAUAAUCAAGAGCAGUUGCCAGCUGGGCUUCGGGCCAUGCUGUGA